AUGACGGGAGCAGGCAAAACGACCUUCGCCUCGGUUGCAUCCGGCCAGACGAAUCUGCAGAUUGGGGACACGCUAGAGUCGUGCACCCAGGAACCCCAGACUGUCACGUUUUCACUCGACAAUUGCAAUGUCCUAUUGAUCGACACUCCAGGCUUUGACGACUCCAAAAGAUCCGAUGUGGACAUUCUUAUGGUUAUUGCGAAGUGGAUAUCAGACCACAAGUCGGCCAUGGUUCGUCCCAAGCGACUUGACGGCCUGAUUCUUCUGCAUCCCAUCACAUCGAAUCAAAUUGGCGACAACGAGCGGAAGCGAGCGCGUCUGCUUGAGGCUAUCCUCGGGGUAGAUGCCUAUAAGAGAGUUAUCAUCGCUACGACUAUAUGGGACGACCUCGAUGGCGACGACAUGUUCACCCGUGGCUUGGAGGCUCGGUUCCACCGAGGAGAAGUGUGGCGCGAAAUGCACGCCAAGGGUGCUACCAUCCUUCGCCAUUACAACAACCGAGCGUCGGCCCAUUAUAUCAUCGGGAAAAGCAUUGAAAAGUCCAAAGCAGAGAAUGAAGGCGUCGAGCUCAAGAUCCAGAAGGAGAUGGCCGACUCGGGAGGAAAGGUUUCCAGGACAUCUGUUGGCAUGCGGGUGAUC